CCCCCCCUCCCCUUCCCCUCGCAUCCUUGGAAGCAACAAUUAAGCAGCUCUGGGAUAAAACACACAGCCUGCGGGAGCACGGGGGCAUUGCUUCAAGAGAUGGCAAAGCAGGCAGCUGCACCCCUCCUGCCCGGAGUCCUCCUCCUCUUCCUCUCCAUCCUCCCGGCUUCUCAGCAAGGAGGGGUCCCUGGUGCUAUCCCGGGAGGAGUACCAGGAGGAGGCUUUUUCCCAGGUGCUGGAGUUGGAGGUUUGGGAGCAGGACUCGGGGCUGGAGCAAAACCUCCCAAACCAGGGGUCGGAGGACUCGGGGGACUUGGCCCACUUGGCCUGCAGCCAGGUGCUGCAGGGCUCUUCCCUGGAGGUGUCUACCCCGGGGGAGUCUUCCCAGGUGCUGCCUCUGCUGCUGCUCUCAAGGCUGCUGCUAAAGCUGGUGCUGGUAUUGGUGGCGUGGGUGGCAUUGGUGGCGUUGGCGGUCCCGGUGGCCUCGGGGUCUCCACAGGUGCGGUGGUACCGGGCGGGGUACAGCCCGGGGUUGGCGCGGCAGGGAAGCCCCCCAAAGUACCAGGUGCUGGGAUUCCUGGAGCUUUCCCGGGGGGUGUGCUCCCAGGUGCAGGUGUUCGCUUCCCUGGUGUAGGGGUGCUGCCCGGGGUACCCACUGGUGCUGGAGUCAAGCCAAAAGGUCCAGGAGUAGGAGGAGCCUUCGCAGGAAUCCCCGGACUGGGAGGUUUUGGAGGUCAGCAGCCCGGUGUCCCUCUGGGGUAUCCCAUCAAAGCUCCUAAGCUCCCAGGUGGCUAUGGAUUGCCCUACAGCGCUGGCUUUGGGCCUGGAGGGAUAGGAGCUGGCAUCGGAGCCGGAGGAAAGGCAGGGUAUCCCACUGGGACAGGAGUCGGAGCACAGGCGGCGGCGGCGAAAGCGGCAGCCAAGUAUGGAGCCGGAGUCCUGCCUGGUGCUGGUGCCAUCCCGGGAGUUGGGGGAUUGGUGCCUGGUGCUGGCGUUGUCCCAGGAGCCGGAGUCGGAGGGCCGGCAGCGGCGGCGGCGGCAGCGGCGGCGGCGAAGGCGGCGGCCAAGGCAGGGGUGGUGCCCGGGGCUGCCGGGGUCCCCGGCCUCGUGCCCGGCGUUGGCGGUGUCCCCGGCUUGGUACCCGGUGUCGCAGGCGUCCCGGGAGUAGUGCCCGGCGUCGGAGGUGUCCCCGGCGUGGUGCCCGGCGUCGGAGCUGUCCCCGGGGUGGUGCCCGGUGUUGGAGGUGUCCCUGGAGUGGAGUCGGGACGCCAGAGGCUGCAAAGGCAGCAGCGAAGGCAGCUAAAUAUGGAGCUGGUGUUGGUGUUCCUGGCAUUGGUGGUGUCCCUGGUGUCCCUGGAGUCCCUGGUGUCCCUGGAGUCCCUGGUGUCCCUGGUGUCCCUGGAGUCCCUGGUGUGGCUGGGGUUCCUGGUGUGGCUGGAGUUCCUGGUGUGGCUGGAGUUCCUGGUGUGGUGCCCGGUGUUGGAGUUGGUGGCCCAGCAGCUGCAGCGGCGGCGGCGAAGGCUGCAGCUAAAGCCGCGGCUUAUGGAGCAGGGCGUGUGCCCGGAGUUGGUGUUCCCGGUGCUGCCGUGCCCGGAGUUGGCGUGCCUGGAGUGCCUGGAGUUGGAGUGCCUGGAGUUGGAGUGCCAGGUCUGGUGCCUGGGGUUGGACCCAUAGCAGGAGUCGGAGGUCCAGCGGCCGCCGCUGCUGCCAAAGCAGCUGCCAAAGCAGCCAAGUAUGGUAAGCUGGGG